AAAUUAAUAAAUAUAUAGGUUAGUCAAAUUACAAAAAUAUUUUAAAUUAAGUUAAUUUUAUUUACGUGUAAAAAAUAACAUUAAAGUGUGUUGGUAUGUGGAUGUAUCUAUAAUCCCUUAUGGUGAAAUAAUAUGCACAUAUUUGGAUUUUCCUUCGUGGGUGCUACCAUAUAAAAAAGCUCAUACGUCUUCCUAUGGGUAUUUAUUGUGGUUUGGCAUCAACGGAUUAGACCCUUUAGAAGAUUUACAAUUGACAGUCUACAACAUAUGUCAGCUCUUUCAUGUGAUAGAUAUCCCGUCUUAACUUGUUCCUAUUAAAUAUCCCAAUAUAUUUCUCAAUAUACAUAUAUCGCAAUAUAUUCCCUAAUAUAUAUCCUAAAACAAACCCUAAUAUGUAUUCCAUAAAUACUCGAGCUCUUUGGUUAUCAGGGAUUUAUUCAGAUACCCAAAGAAUCCCAAGCAACUUGCUAUGCACAAAUCCUAACUUCCGAGUCCCAAGACCGUACAUGGAACUAAAGACCAACCAAACGAUGGACGUUUCCGACCAAUUUCAACCCCCCGAGACCCAUCAGGAGAUCAACAAAACCGACUUUUUCGAUUUCGUGGUAACCCCAGAUGCUGCCGGUGCGGAAUUCACUAAACAAAUGCGUUCGGUGAACGUGUUCCUGAGCGACGGGUCGGAUGAGCUCAGGGAACCCAACAAUAAUAACAUGAUAGUAAGCGAGAUCAGUUCCAGUGGUGCAGAAGGUGUGAGCGGUUUCGAUGCUAACUUGUGGAACGAAAAAGACACGAUAAAAAUUGAAACUGCCAUUCUAGAAGAUUUAAACAAGUAUUGCUGGACCAAUGAUGAGGUAAACGGAGUGGUCCAAAUCAAACAAGAGAGCUCUGUAAAUAAUAAUAACAAUAAUAAUAGCAACGGGCAGAUAUAUACAACCCUUACGGUGUUAAAUGGUUUGGAGCAAGCUUCUACGUGGUACCGACCAUCAUUAGCAAUCAAAGAAGAAGACGUAUCGAUAUCUAGCCCGACGGAGAUGGAGCACCUUCAUAGCGGAAUCGAUAUAGACUCCUUCCUAAGCAUCAUACCCAAUCAAAUCUCAGAGUUCAACAGUCCGUACGAUAACACUACCAUGUCACCUAAUACAGACGGUCUUAUUAAGUCGGAAACUUACACUUAUGAGGACAGCGGGUUUGCAGAUAAUAAAGAGGAGCUGGGCAGCACCUUGAUUAUUGACACACCCCUACUGGAAGCUCACGACAGUUUCAAUAAUAACAACAACGACUGGAAGCUGCAGAAUCAGAACACCACGACGAGCACUAGUGCGGCAGAUUCGUUACUGCGGAGUGCGUUACAAGGGAAACCGUUCGUGAGGUAUAACGGGGCGAAGAGUACAGGGAAAGUUGUGGAACAGAGUAACGUGGAGCUGCGUAGGUGUCUUAGCGAGAGCCCAACCAAAACCGACACCAUUUUUAUUAAAGAGGAUACGGAGCAUAAUAUACCGACUAUUGUAGCGGGGAUUGAUGCUAAUGGUAAAGUGGUAUUCGAAGAACACUUGCCCACCCCCCGACCCCCAGCAGUUGAAUCAGUUUCAACCAUAGAAACCGCUUCAAGCAGCCAACAGCACAUGGACGAUCUGAUACUCAGCCACCUGGACCAUCCGUACUCCGAAGACUACGAGAAACUUACGCGGAUCGCUAACGAAGUAGCUGAGUCAGUAAGCCAGUACUGCAUCGAAACUACAUCGUCCGAUAGUACUAGCAACGUCGUAAGCGCCGAUCAGAUUGGCAUUUUAUACAAUAUUACGUCACCGAUACAGAUCACCACUGCCCCCUCGGUGGUAUCCAGUACAAAGAACACCAAGAAAUAUAAAAGACAGAACAGCGGGGCGAAGGCUCAGACUAGUUUGGCGAGUGCUACGUCUACAACGACCAACGCUGUACGAAAGGAACGAUCGUUACAUUACUGUAGCAUUUGCACCAAGGGAUUUAAGGAUAAGUAUUCGGUGAACGUUCAUAUUAGGACGCAUACGGGUGAGAAACCGUUUGCUUGUAGUUUAUGUGGCAAAACGUUUAGGCAGAAGGCACAUUUGGCUAAGCAUUAUCAAACGCAUAUCGCUCAGAAAAAUGCUGCUCAAUCUGGGGCUGUACCGAGCGGUAAGAGCAAAACUAGGUAGCUUUUGAACCGGGUUUAGAUGCAUUUUUAUCGUUUCUGGAUAAUGUAUAGGCCUUAUGCGGGAUCUUUGUAUACAGUCUGCACUAUUCUUAACUUUUUUUAUUCUUGAAUGUUGCAUCUUUAAGUUCUUCAAAAAAUAUUCAUUUUUUAAAUAAGAUGCCUUAUAUAUUUAUUACGUGUAUCAAUAGCAAAUGUUUUUUUAUACAAUAAAAUUUAAUCGAUUUAAAAAUGUGAGAAUUUUAGAAAUAAUUUUAUUUUCGGCUAAUAAUGUUAAAGAGAGAGUGAUUUGCAAAAGAGUAUAGGGUGACAAAUAGUACAAAAUAUUAAUGGAACUCUGAACAGUUUAAAAAUAUGUACUAAAUUUGUCCUUAUGCAUGGUCAGAGGCCUCGCAUCACUAAGAAAUAUCUUAAAAAAAGUAUUUUCAAUAAUUUGCUAUGUCAAUGGCAAUGUUUGUCAAAAUUGUACUAAAAAGCCCAAUUUCCCAUAUUUAACAUUCGGGUAGACAGUGCCGCGAAUUUUCCUCUUGGGUAGCCUUUUUAGUAAUUGUUAAUAAACGAACAAACUAAAUGUGAUAAAAUGGCCCAGGAACUCUGGUAAUUCGUACAGACUUCAUUGGUUACAUUUCUUAUGUUGAGCUCGAGAUAGAAGUUGAAGAGUAACUUGAGCCUUGUCAGAUUUGGCUUCUGUGCAAAGAUCACUUUCACCUAAUCAAGAAUUUAUUUUAUAAAAAGCUAUGGUGGCUUUGACAGCAAAUUGAGCAUAGAGUUCUGGAGUCUCUAUUGAUUAUAACCUUACUAGAAAGUUUGUUCCAUUAACCUCGAUUUGAUUGGCGAAAUACUACUCCUAAAGCCGACAUUUGGCUACGGAGUCCUGCGAUUGGGCUCGAUAUUUUCCUGUCCAAAGAGAAAUCCAAUCUUCACUCCAACUCGUCAAGACAUUAUUCUAUAAAAGGCUAAGAAUGGAGUUUGAGCAUAGAGUUCUGGAUUCUCUUUUGCUCAUUACUUUUCAGAAGGUUCUUUACCAUAUUAAAGAUCCGGGUAGACAGUUAUGCGAAUUUUCCACAUGGGCAGCCUCUUCAAUAAUUGUUCGUGCAUUUCAUGUUACAUUAAAUGGAAAUAGGUCAGGAACGCUGACUGGGUCAUUUCUGCGGGUUUCGUUGGUUGGAUUUCUGCUGGCAAAAUCUACGGCUGGAUUUUGGUUCCGUUUUUACUCGUCCAAAGAUAUUUCCAUUCUUCACUUGUAACAAGUUAAGGAUUUAUUUAAAAAAUGUCACUAAUACCUUAUGGGUCACCAUGAAUUUCCUCAACUAGAUCCAUUUAAAUAUAAAAGGUAUGAGGAUGGGAGGAAUUGCGUGGUGGUGCGUAAUCUCUGUUCCUGAAGCUUUUUUAGUACAUUUUGUUAAAUAAAAAUUGAAUCUUGUUUUUAUAAAAUGUAAACAGAUACUAUACAUGCCUUUGACUUAUACAAAUACAAUAGUUCUUCAGUUAUUGGUGGAUUUUCUAAUUUCUUCUUGUCGACUUUGGCUUUAGAGUUCUGCGAAAACUCAACUAGUCAAGGAGCAAAUUCCAGUAUCUCUUUAAAUCCUUUGUUUGCGUUGAAAAACUAAUCACAACUCCAUUAUUUAUUGAACUUGAAAUUAAAGGUGCACCUUUUAUGUAUAGAACCAGAUUUGCAAUCGAUUAGUGUAAUAACGUAAAACUGAUAUUCAAUCAUUUUCCUAUACUCACUCUGUUAACCAGUAAAUAUACAUUAACUUUACUUAUUUUUUCGUAUCGUCCAGAAUAAAACAAUUGAGAAUAGUGCAGACUUAUUUUCAAGUACUAUAUCUAAAUUUUUGUCUAUUUUAGGCACAGCUAGCAAUAUUUUUGAAGGUAGAAAGCUUUAAUAAAUUAAUUUCUUGAGAAUCCAAAGUUGUGCUUUUUUACUGUUUCAACUUUUGCUUAAUAAUUCUUCAGUUUGUCAAAUUAUUAAUAAAAUAGGUAAUAUAUUUUAUUAAUUUUAAUAUUUGUUUUGCGACAUAACGAAGGGUACAAACGCUAAAAUUGAAAUCUAUACACAAUUAAAUAAAAAUUAGUUGUUAAAACCGAAUUAAAAAUAAAUAAAUGUUCUUUAAAUAUUAUGAAAUUAAUAAUAUUUAAACAUACUUUAAUUUUUUAAUUCGAUUAAUCUGUCUAGUCAAAGAAGUAUGCGUAAUAACUCCCGUAUCAGGAACCAGAAGAUUCCAGAAAGGCGAAUUCUGGAUUGGAUUAAUUCCCUUCAAAGAUCCCUAAGCUUCUUAUUUUUUUACCAUUUAGCAUUUCAUUUCAUUCCAAACAGUUGAGAGAAAAAAAUAAAUGCAAUAUAUAUGCGAAAAAUUAAAUUAAAACAAGACUUAAUCUUCUUUAAGUAUUAUAAAAUAAAUACUAUUUUAAUGUAUUAAAUCCUUUAUUCUAGGCAAAGAGUUACACAUAAUCAUUUCUUGUAUUAAAUCGUUUUUUUCCAAUAUUGAUGUUCGUGGAAUUUACAAUAUUAUUGUUUGCUCUUGUUACUUACACUUCUAAAAAAUAAUUUUUAAUUUUAUUUCGCAAUAAAUGUGCAGCUUCAAAAUACAUAAGCUAAAAAUGAAAAAGACGUCGGGUCGUUACGCGUCCCAAGAACAGUAUUCCAAAUAUUCCCAAUGAUCUAUCAUGUUUUUAUAAACGCCUAUUAAUUGUUGAAUUGGAAAAUCCAAAAAGCCCUUAACUGAUACCUGGACUUGAAGAAAAGCAAUUUAGAUAGACGAGAUGGCCGCUUUAGAAAGUUCACAUAAAUAAAUUGUUUGAGCAUCAGUAAAGUAGUAGAAAAUAAGAAAAUAGAAUUAAAGUAGUAGAAAAUACUUUCAUACUUUCCAGUUAUCUCAAAGGCAAACAAGGGAAUGCAAACAUAAUUUUAAUUCUCCGCACUGAUCCCUGAAAGUGGUUUGAGAAUAGAAAAUGUUAAUAUUUGCAUUUCCAGAUGUUCUAACUGAGCAUCUGAUUUUAUAGAAGCAAAUUUAUAUUUCUUUUUGUGUGUUUGAUUUUUAUAGAAAUUUAAAAGUUUUUGUAGAAAAAACCUAAAUCCUGGUCAUUUUUUUCUAAUUGAUUUUGUUGAGCAAGCAAUAGAUACUUUGAGGUGCCCAAUGGCCCAAGAUAUAUUCUAAUUUUGUAAUUUCUUCCCAAGUCUUUAAAUGUUAAAAGUUUUGUAAUCACCAAACUGAUGGUAUAUAAUAUCAAUUAUUAAUAUAUUAUUCAGUUGUAUGCUGGGUUUAUGCAAUUGUUAUUUUUGCGUCAAAAAAGUUCAUUAUAACAAUUUUUCCUUUAUCUAAACGUGUAAAUCUUCACUGUUUCACUCAAAUCACAUCACAAUCAAAUCACAAAAUAGAUUUAUUUUUAACUUUCGUUAAAAUGUAGAAAAUCUUUCUUUACUAUAAAGUAAUCUCAUUUUUUUUUUAUUGUAAUGAGUGGGAUCUAAAAAUUCUUAAAUAAGAAAAAAAUUUUUAGUCAUGAUUACAGAAUUGGGCCAUUUGGUAAAGUGGGAUAUUAAUUAAAACCAGCAGUGUUAAUUUGCUCAUAAGAAUAUUCCAAGUAUUGAUGAUCACAAGUGAUGGUCAUGGUUAAAUGAAAUUUCAUAUGAAUCUACCCAUUUAAUACCAAGGACGGAAAGAAGAAAAAAAAGGCAACUUUUUGCAAAAAGUAUUUAUUCAUGUAAAUAAAAGAACAUAUUUUUAUUAAAAAAAAUAGUUUUUUUGUUAAUUUUAGGAAAAAAAAGGUGGCGCGUAAACGAACCACUGGUAGGUACAAUUAAGUUAUUUUUGGUGAUAUUUCACAAAACAACCUGUAUGCAAAUGAACAUUACACUUUGUACAGAUAUAUAUUGUAUGACUAUGACAUAUUCUACAUCUACAACGCAGCUUCUGAGCAUGAGAGACCAUAAGGUGGCCUUGGUUAUUGAAGCGCAAUUCAUCGAUAUUAGCACCAACGUUCCUUACAACUCUAUUAGCGUCCGUUUUUAGGAGACUUGAAAUCUACUUGUGAUAUUUUAUUUUCAUUUACCAAGUUGUAUAUCUUCCAUGCAUUUACUACCAAACUAUCCAAUGCAUUGCAAAAUAUCGGCCACCGCCAUUUCUCUCCCAAAAUUUGGGAUCGGUAGUUUGCAAUGCGAUUGUCUUGUAGAUCUACCCCACGCAUAAACUUAUUAUAUUUAGAUAUUGCAUAAGGCUGUUGAAUGAAUGUUUCUAUUCGUUGUUUUUUAUUAUAACGCUUUACUCUGGUGAGCGGUUCUAUAUUAUAAAUAUACUUCCAACUGUAACAACUGAAUUGUCGUUCCAACGAAUAAAAAAAAUUUUUGAAUUAGCAUCGUAAGCAGCAUCAAAUUCGCCCCGCUCAGUUUUUUCCAUUUUGUUACUAUCCAAUAAAGGACAACGACUUGUUCGAUUGUCACGGAUGGUGCCUGUUGCAAAAAAACCAUUUUGUUUUAAGUGACCAAAAAGUUUGAAAGACGAAAAAAAUUGUCAAAAAAGAUUUGAUGAUUUUGUGGUUUUUCUACUACAGACAGUAAGCUCAUAACAACAUCACCACCCAAACCUAGCUCGGAGUGUUUUUUAUCUUGAGCUCCAGCAUACGGAAGGGAAUAAAAAAAGGUAUCCAUUAGAUGAACAAAGGCACCAUAAUUUGAACCCAAAACUUUAUAAACAUUUUGCAAGGAUGUCGGCCAAAAUAUGGCACCAUUUGUUCAUCUAUUUAAAGAUUGAAAGCAAAAAUUCCAAAUUGCAAAUUUUUCUUAUUGAGUAAAUCUAAUAAAGCCCUAACUUUGGAAAAUUUAUCUUUCUUGUCCAAUAAAGAAUUAUCUGAUAAGUGCAAAUUUUGCUUUAUUUGUUGAAAUCUAUUCCUGCUCAUGCAUUUUUUUAUUAGAUCAAUUCCUUUAUCCUCAUCCGUUGACCAAUAAUGUUAAAUUCUAGCUAAAGAAUGAUAUCUUAAAAAUAAAAGAAUACCUAUGAAAUUUAAAAGUUAAGGUUUUGUUAUUAAAAAAUCAUGGCGAUUGUUAUCAUGAGUAUACUUUACAGCAAAAUUUAACAAAAGUUCUACGACAUCGUCAUCAAAAAACAAAUAAAAUAUCUCAAGGGGAGACUUUCCAAAAAGAAGGUUUUGUAAAUUUUCCCUUAACUGAAAUUCUGUAGAUACAGGUUCAUGGGUAUACGUUAUCUGACCUUUUUUCCACUUCGGUAAAAUGGCUUUUAUACUUGCAGAAGCGAGCAACUUUCUUCUUUUUGAAUCCGAUGUUUCUUCAUCCGAGAGAUCCCACUCUUGUUCGUUUCUCAUGCGUUUGCCCUCAUUUUCAGUAACAUUCUCAUUUAACUCUGGCUACUCUGACACAUGUAGCUCAAAAGUUCCAACUAUGUCAUUAGGCCUUUGACUAUCUACCAUGUUAUUAUCAUCAUCAAUCUCCUCUUCGUCUGUCAAUAUAUCAACAUCAGGUGGAAUAUAAAUAGCAUCGAUAGUGUCUAAAAGUAAAAAUAAUAUUUUUUGUAAUGCUGAUGUUGUAACAAUAGCCGAGCUAUUAUAUUUUUAUUAUAGUAAAUAAAAUAAUUUAUAAUGUACCAUACAUCAAAGUUCCUACCAUUUUCCUGAUUUUCCAAGCUCAGAACCACUUCUUUCAAGGCGUCUUCUAAUUCACUUUGAGUUAAAAAUUUUCGGAAAGACAUUUUUUAGCACAGUUAUCACAAAAGAUAUAAACUCUUGCACACUAUAACGAACAAUGACGAAAAACACAUUUUUCAUUUAGAUAUUGAAAUUCGUCUAGGUAGGCAAAAAAAUAAUGAUUUUUUAUCAAUAUUUAAACAUCUAUAUUUCUAUGCUUUAUCGACGUAAAACGUAUUCCUCCAAAUUUUUAUUUCAUUUUAUAUCGAACUACUCAUACGUAACAAAAAACCUAAAAUAAAAAAAUGGGAAUUUUUUACAUAGUCCUAAAGUUAGUGGUUCACGAACGCACCCACUGGUACAAAAUGGGUUAAAAUCAAUGUAAAUUUAUAUUGUCAAAAUUCAUAAGAAAAAAAAUGAUUACAAUUGUAUUUGUAAAUCAAACAGUCAUAACCAUAAAUAUCCAAUGAAAUUUAAAACAAUAUAUAAACCCUACUAGGAAGACACUAUCCUAGUUGUGCCUAUUUCAAUAUGUGUAUAGGCUGUCUCAUGUUCAAUUUUAUGAUGUCGUUUUUCUUUAUCAUCAUGUAAUCGACUGGGACACCCUAUACCAUUAACCAGUAUUUUCAUAAUUCUUACACCAAUAAGGCCUUAAUAUUAGAAACGAUACUAAGAUAUACAACUUUGACAAUAAUAAUAUCUUCCGGUAAACAAAUAUAUCCAGUAUGGAUAUAAUAUCAGUUUUGUCCUAUGGACAAAUCGAUUUGAAGCAUGCAUACACCUACUAAACGAAAACAAUGACAAAACCUGGUUCCUAACAAUCCUAACCCGUUUAAAAGCGACUUUUGCGAUUUUUAUUAUUUAGGAGCGAGCCGCGGUAUAAAAAAAGUCCGUUGGGUGUACGGUCUCCUAUUUACGUAUAAAAGAGUGCUGUGAUGACUUUUUUUUGUUAUUAGAAUGAGAUGAAGCUAGUGAAAUUCUGCCUAAAUUCGUUUGAUCUUGCCAUUUAAAAGUAAUGUUAUUAUUUAUAUAUUUAUGUGUUAAUGAUGUAGGCACUUGUUUUUUGUACUUAAUUAUUAUUAAUCGUGCAGGGAGGGACUUGAUUAUAUUAUUAAUAAUUUAAGAUUGUUUUUUCCUAAUACAAAAAGUAUUAUACAUCCUUCCCUGUAUUGAACUUUUUUUACAAAUAGAGUUAUUAAACAUUUUAAAUGAAUCGAAAUAAUUAGUUAGAGAUAAGAUAAUGGUAGUCUACUUAUUUAUGUUUUUUUUUUUAAAUAAGAUGUACAUAUAUUUUGUUAUGUAUAGUUUUAAUAUAAGUGCUUUUAUAACUGGAAUAAAAUCCACUUAUGGGACUUUUACCACAAAAUACUCAUUGUUCUUCAAAUACUACUAUUUGCUAUUUCUCCAAAAGCAGAAAAAUAAUAAUUAAGGGAUCUCAGCUUUUUUAUCCAUUUGGAAUAUACAUACAUGUAAAAGACAAUAAUGAAUAUAUUUUUGAGACAUUUUUUUCUAGUAUAUUGGGCGAACGAAUCAUAUCUGAUUACCCAAGCCAUAUAUAAUAUAAAAUAAAAACCGUUUAUACUCAAUGUUAUGUAUAGUUGUAACAGAUUUUAUUCUUUUUUAUGUCUUUAUAUUAAUUUUAUAAAGGAAUUUUUUGUACUAGUUUCAUAUUAUAUUUUAUAAUUUUUUUUUAUUAUUUUUUGAUUAUGUGUACUCAAUGUUUUUUUAUAAACGAAUAAAAGUAUUUAAUAUAUUUUU